UACGAGUGCUGUCAGAAGCUCCUGCUCCUGGUCGCAGUGCCGCGUGAGUUUGAAGUAUUGACAAUGAAGAUGACCUUCUGGUGCUAGUAUAUUAUCUAUCGGAAUACCUACUUUAAGAAUUUGAAAUGUAGUCUGCUAUAAGAUGGAGCAGGCAGGAGUCCGAGUCGUGGCGACGUGCUAGAGAUCAUCCUGACCUUGAAGGGCGAUUUUGAGCAACAUCUUCGAAGAAAACUAAAACUGGUGCGAAGCCAGUGACGGUUACCUUCCUUACCGGAUAACGUUAAAGUCCUCUGAUCAUUGUUUUCAUUAAAGGUUCUUGAACAAAUAGAUUGAUACCAUGGCCGCCAUGACCUCUUCCGAGCCCCCAGUUUCCGCCUACCAGUACACGCUGUGCAUCCCCACCGCGGGAAAGGGGACGCGCAUGGGCGGGCUGUGUCAGUCGCUGAACAAAGCGCUGCUGCCGCUCCCCGACGGGCGAGCGGUGAUUUCGCACAUCAUCGACAAGUUUCCGAAGGAGAAAACCAAAUUUGUCAUCGCGCUCGGCUACAAGGGCGACCAGGUGAGGUUUUAUUUGGAAAAGCAGCACCCGGACAUCCCCUUCAAAUUUUGCCUCGUGGAAUAUGACGUUCUCAACUGUUACAUCCUCAGCUGUUGUUACGUGGAUUUGUAAUGUGAGAGCGGCAACUUCAAAUACAGUGAAAGAGGGGACCUUGUGCGUCUUGCAUGACCGAUUGGGCACAGAUUCUUAUCGUGUUGGGAACUUCGAGAAUUUGUCAUGCGAAGCAGCUUGAUCGUGUCGAUUCUGAUUGCAAUUUUGCAUGACAAAUCAUGUAACAAUGCGCGAAUGUAACAUGUGAGAACGCCAUAUGGAAAACUUCGACGGCCCCGGGUCCGGGCCGGGGCUGUCCCUGCAGGCCUGUCUCCAGGAGAUGGAAAGACAAGAGUCGUUUUACUUUGUCGCGUGUGACACCCUCGUGGCGGAUCCCAUCCCGUUUGAACUCCAGCACGAUUGGAUGGGCGUUUCCACGGUCGCCAAGGAGGAUUCGGCGCGGUACUGCAACUUCAAAACGGGGGUGAAGAAAGAGUUUGAUGAUGUGGUUUCAACAUCAUCAUCUGCAGCAGCUUUGACUUCUACAGCGCGGUCGAAUAUUAAACCGGCGAUGUGGAUCAGUUCUAUGUACGAUAAGCAGCCCUACACCGAGUACAAGACGACGGAGGAGGAGGACACGAGUUACAUCGGCUUGAGCUUUUUCUACAACGCUGAGCAGUACUGGGAAGGGCUGGAGCUGAAGGACGUCUACACGCAGAACGAGCUCCAGAUGACCAACGGAAUCCGCCACUUGGUUAGCACAUGUCAAAAACCGGUGGAGGCGGUCAAGUUCGAGUGGACCGAUGUUGGCGGCAUUGAUUUGUACAUGGAUGUCGUGAAAGACCCGGAUGUGCUGGACAAAAAGUUAGGGUUUUGUCCGGCGCUCGUGGAAAUCUUGUGCAAGGAAGAAGGGGCAGGAGAGGCGAAGUAAAAAGUACAACUACAAGUGCCAAAUAUGGGAACCAAAGUACUGUAUGGGGGAGUACAGCUACAGGCCGAAGCGUUGACGUGUCUGAUAAUUCAACUACAUCACAGUGAAAAAAGGACUCCUGCUACUUUUUCCCGGAAAAAUUGCGCAGAGAGUAGUCAAGAGUAAAAAAAAAUGAUGACACUCAGUUGCGCUUCGCUUGUUGAAGCGGGUGCGUUUGGAAAAGAUUUUUUUAGAAGAUGCUCAAAUAAGUUUGAUCAGACAUCAAAGACGUAAC